AGCUGAAUUUUAGGAAGAGUAUACAUCCCACUUCUCAUUCUUCCGUGAUUGUCUCUUCCCUCUACCACUAAUAUAAAUCAACAUAUGCACCUACAAACCCACGAAACUCACUUUCUAUUUGUUUGUUAAUUCAUUCAUUCAUUAAUAUAUUAGGCAUUGCUUUGGGUUUGGGAUCUUGAACCCAAAGAAUAUAAUGGUGAAAAGUGAAGAUCAGGAAGAUGCUCAAGAAUCAACAGAGAAAGCAUUCAAGGACGAAUGUAUUCCCCCAUGGCAGAAGCAAAUUACAUUGAGGGCAAUGGUCACUGGAUUGAUCCUCAGCGUUGUUUUCAAUUUCAUUGUUUGUAAACUCAAUCUCACAACUGGUGUUAUUCCUUCUCUCAAUGUGGCUGCCGGUCUCCUUGGGUUCGCUGGGAUUAGAACAUGGACUGCUGUUAUUGACGAGUUUGGCAUGUUGAAACAGCCAUUUACUAGGCAGGAGAAUACCGUCAUACAAACGUGUGUAGUUGCUUCUUCUGGCAUUGCUUUUAGCAGCGGGACAGCAAGUUAUAUGUUGGGAAUGAGUCCAUACAUAGCAUCUCAGGCAGAUGCAGGAAAUACACCAAAUAAUACUAAGAAACUUGCUAUUAGUUGGAUGCUUCCUUAUCUUUUUGUUGUUAGCUUUGCCGGUCUCUUCUCAAUUGUCGCACUUAGAAAGAUGAUGAUAAUGAAGUACAAGUUGACAUAUCCAAGUGGAACUGCAACUGCAUACCUUAUCAAUUGUUUCCACACUCCUAAAGGAGCCAAGCUUGCCAAGAAACAAGUUAGUUCGUUGUUCCAAUCGUUUGGUUUCAGCUUUAUAUUUGGGGCUGUUCAGUGGAUAGUUGCACGUGAUGAAGGCUGUGGAUUUGGUAGCUUGCAUACAUUUGGUUCUCAAGCCUAUGCCAAAAAGUUCUAUUUUGAUUUCUCGUCAACAUAUGUUGGAGUUGGUAUGCUUUGCCCCUACAUGGUCAACAUAUCAUUGCUAAUUGGUGCCAUAGUCUCAUGGGCUAUCAUGUGGCCAAUGAUUGAAGCAAAGAAAGGCGACUGGUACUCUGCUCAAUUAUCCGCAACAAGUCUUCAUGGUAUCCAAGGAUACAAGGUAUUUAUCGCAAUUGCCAUGAUGCUUGGAGAUGGUCUUUUUCAUUUUGCCUACAUGUUGGUUGUCACAAUCUCAAGCUUCACAAAGAGGAGUCCUCAGAUAGAUUAUUCAGGUGAAGAAGAAGACGACGAUCAUGACAAGAAGAUACGAAACGAGUACUUCUUGAAAGACCAGAUCUCCAACUGGGCAGCCGUUGGGGGAUAUGCUAGUAUUGCACUCAUAUCUAUCCUUGUUGUACCCAUCAUCUUUAACUCGCUCAAAUGGUAUCACGUUUUGGUUGCCUAUUUAAUUUCUCCAAUUUUGGCCUUUUGUAAUUCUUAUGGAGCUGGCCUCACUGAUUGGUCCCUCGCAUCAAAUUAUGGUAAAAUUGCAAUUCUUACGUUUAGUUAUUGGGUUGGUUUGGAGAAUGGUGGAGUCAUUGCUGGACUUGCUUCAUGUGGUUUGAUGAUGAGCAUAUUAGAUACAGCUUCUGGCUUGAUGGGAGAUUUCAAGACUGGUUACUUAACCCUUACAUCCCCGUGUUCCAUGUUCUUUAGCCAACUCAUUGGAACUGCCAUGGGUUGUCUCAUAACCCCUCUUGUAUUCUGGAUUUUCAAUAGUGCCUAUAAAUUGGGUGAUCCAGAAGGUUCAUACCCCGCACCAUAUGGUCUCAUGUAUCGUGGAAUCGCCUUACUUGGCGUCGAAGGUUUUGGAAGUCUCCCCAAGCAUUGCCUCAGGCUCGCUAUUUCAUUCUUUUUGGCUGCUAUACUAAUCAACCUAAUGACUCAGUUGUUGAAGAACUAUGAGACCAAGUAUGGAAUUUAUCGAUUCAUUCCGAGUCCAAUGUGCAUGGCCAUACCAUUUUACCUUGGAGGUUACUUUGCCAUUGACAUGUGUCUAGGGUCAUUGAUCCUAUUCACUUGGCAAAUGUAUGAUAAGCAGAAAGCAAAAGAUUUUGGACCAGCAGUGGCUUCUGGUCUAAUAUGUGGUGAGUCCUUGUGGGGAAUUCCAGCAUCCGUCCUUGCUCUAGCUGGUGUGAAAGCUCCCAUUUGCAUGAAAGUUUAGUCACAUAAUCAUUGUACAGAGUACUUUUAUCCCUUCCUCUUUAAGUUUUAGUCUUUUGAUUGUCUUUAACAGUCAAAAAUGGGUUAUUUUAGCUUAAGGUAUGUGUAUUUUAUUAUUUACUACUAGCUUUAUGACAAGUUGUGUUUCUAUAUAUAUAUUCUUGUUGUUUUUG